AGACCGGAAGAAGCUCAAACGUCUGUAGCAGUGCGUUGGAAGGUGUGAGUUGGAUGACAAGAUUUGUCCCUUUUAUUGACUAAUGAUAACGUUUCAUUGAGGCUAACUAUGGAAGCAGAAGUGCGUACAGCAGGGUCCACAGAAUUUGAGACUGUGGAGAUUGCUGAGUGUAAGGGGAGGAAGGCGAAGGUUCCCCGGAGGAUCAUUCACUUCGCCAACGGGGAAACCAUGGAGGAGUACAGCACUGACGAAGAGGAGGAGGAAGAAGAGGAGAAUGUGAAGCAGGUCGUUCCAGUUGACACGUCCAAACUGACCUGGGGUCCUUAUUUCUGGUUCCACAUGUGGAGAGUGGCAACUUCCACUAUUUCAGUGUGCGACUACAUGGGGGAGAAAUUGGCCUCUCUGUUCGGCAUCACCUCUCCAAAGUACCAGUAUGCUAUUGAUGAGUACUACCGCAUGAAGAAAGAGGAGGAGGAGGAAGAGGAGGAAAACCGUCUCGCUGAUGAGGCAGAGCGCACGUUUGCAGCGCAGCGGAGAGGCGAGCAAGAGAAUCCGGCUGCGGUGAAGGAGCAGCCGGAAGGAAAUGGAGCCACAUUUGUAAACGUCAGCUUUGAGCUUGAACCAGAGUCGUCGCUCAGGAAUCCCGAUCCACACAGAGUCCCGUCUCCUCUCCCCUCCUGAAAAAAACUGAUUCACACAUUUCAAAUUGUUGGUUGGACCCGAACUUACUCAGCUCCACACACUAAUUUUUAUUUCCCUUUUUUUUGUUGUUUGUAACAGAUUAAUUUAAUCACAACAGUGGAAGUGGCUGCGGAACGCCAUAUCUGUGAAUUUGACUUUGAGUGUUGCAUGUAAUCUAUGCAAAACUAGAUGUCAGCCUGGAAAUGAGCCCUUGGCUGAGGCAGCAAAGUAAAGCCAGGGUUGUUCUGUGCAUUACUCUGUUUUUUUUUUUUUUAAUCAGUUAUAAAGAGAUGAAGACGAUCAGAGGGACAAAUAUUGAUGCUACACCAGAUUUAUCAUCUGCAGACCUUAGUAGGUGGAUAGAUCCUGGCUUUUUCAGACUGUUUCCUGGGUAGUUUUCUUCAGUUCUACUCCAGCAAAAAAUAUCAGGAUGAAGUGUCUUUUACUCUACAACAAGGUCCUGAUGAGUCCUAAGUAAUCACAUGAUCCCAGUGGAACAGUAUAGUCCCUUUUCAUCACCUUUUGUUCUGCUCGCAUGUUGUGUGCAGAAACACACUUUAAUGGUGGUGGUUUCAAUUGGGGAAAUGUACAUGAUGGGUGUGAAAUAUAAAGUGAAUCGUAGUUGUGGUCUUGUAUUUCAACAAUUCAAAGGUGCCAAAAAAACAGGACUCCUGAAUGUGGAAACAUUAAGAAGCUGAGUAAAAAAAAAAAAAAAACAUUCAGAAUUUCAAGAUGUUUGUGAGACCCCUCUCUGUGCUGACUCCUCUUUAACUGUGAAUGAAAAGUCCAAUAAACACCAACAUGUUUGCCUUAUAUGAGUGCUAUAAAGGGAAAUUAAAAGACUGAGUAUAUGCUUAAGAGCUUUACUUUUGUAUUACUACAACAGGUUUGUGUUUAACCCCAGAAAAGAGGAUUUCUGGUAUUUGAUUACACUCCAGUAGAUGUUUCUACACGUUACCCCUUGUUUUGGUUUAAGCCGAUGAGAGUCAGCUGAUUUGAGGCAAAAACUGACUUUGUAAGAGAACUAAUAUAUCCUCUAAUUUAUACCCCAAUUUGUUACUCCACGAGCUCUUUAAAUCUGCACAGAAUAAUCGAUUAAUGUUGAAAUAUACUGAUGAUUAUUGGUUUGUAGAGAUGUCUACAGAGCUUAUGUAUUUAUAAGUGUCCUUGCUUUGAACAUCUUAAGCUUCUUAUUGUUAUCCACUGAUAUCACUAUGUUGACCUGCUUCGGAUCGCAGAGGGCGAACCCGAGUCGUGUCGCCAACAAAGAAACGGAAGUGCAAAAUAAUCCUCAGUCUGAUUAUUUUUGAAUGAAUGUUUCAGUAAAUAACUUCCUGUCUUUGUGUGUGAAGAAACAGAAAAUAUGCAAUAUAUUUAGUCAUUUCAAUAGGAAUCUAUUGCCUUGAUAUGUAUUUGUAUUGUCAGUUUUAGUACAUAUUAAAUUACAAGGGAGGUC